AUGAAUGGAAAUGACUUUGUGUUGGCUAUCAAUGACAUGAAGCAUGUGUUCAGUGGGGGUAACAAUAGUGAGGGACAGUUGGGUAGACGUACGAAAAGGAGGAAUGAGAAAAAUAUUCUGUUUGUCACAAACAAUGACACCCUGUAUGGUAUGGGCGGUAAUAAUAAGGGUUGUCUGGGUUUUGGUCACAACACUGAAGUGAAAACACCACAAAUUAUACCACAAUUAUGUAAUCAAAGGAUACAACGAUUUAUCAAUGGAUAUGACUUUGUGUUGGCCAUCAAUGACAUGAAUCACGUGUGCAGUUGGGGUCACAAUGAUUGCGGACAAUUGGGUAGAGAUUGGGGACCUAAAGAUCAUUAUUCACAACCCGAAGAAAUAUCAUAUUUGAACAAUAAGUAUAUCAAACAUAUUUGCUGUGGUUUUCAACAAUCCCUUGCCCUCACCGCCGGUGGACAGGUUUAUGUGUGGGGCGAAAAUAAUUUGGGACAGAUUGCCAAUUAUGAUAGACAUUCUAUAUAUCCAAGACCUAGGAUUAUAUUCGUAGUUUCCAAAGGACCAGAUUCGAUGAACACGUAUAUGCCGUCAAAAAAGUCGAGUUUCGAGGACGAGGUGUUGAAACUGAUUCAGAAUAUUCCGGACGACAAUAACAUGGAUACACUUCCAACCAAACAAAAGCAUACUGAUCAUAAUAGUAAGAAGAAUAUCAUAUUUAUCACAAACAAUGACUCGGCAUAUGGUUUGGGUGGCAAUGCCAGCGGGUGUCUGGGUUUGGGUCAUAAUGAUGAAGUGAAAACACCACAAAUUAUUACUGAAUUAUGUCGCAAACGGAUCCAAAAGAUUAUAAAUGGAAAUACAUUUGUGUUGGCUAUCAAUAACAGGAAUCAUGUGUUCAGUUGGGGACACAAUAAUCGGGGACAAUUGGGUCGAGAAAUGACAGAAUUUGGCGAUUAUUUAAAACCGCGAAACAUAUCGUAUAUGAACGACAAGAAUAUACAGCAUAUAUACUGCGGUACUCAACACAGUCUGGCGCUCACCACCGAUGGACAGGUGUAUGGGUGGGGCGAUAAUAGGUGGGGACAAAUUGGCCAGGGUCAUAAAAGUGACGGCAGAUGGUCACCAGUGUUGUUAAAAUUUGCAAAUAACUAUAAAAUCCAAAGUAUUUUCUGUUUUUACGUGAAUUCAUUCGCUGUUACCGCUGAUGGUUUGGUAUUCAGUUGGGGCUUCAGUGAUGUCCACCAAUUAGGACACAAUACUGCAUACGAUAUAUUGUCACCCAAACUGAUCCCACAUUUGCGUGAUAUCAUAGCGAUAAGUACCACGUAUUCCGAUGACAAUUGUUUCACUCAUUACGAAAGUCUGUUCAUUGAAUUGUCGGCAAUAGGAUCGGGAGGUUUUGGGACUGUUUUUAAAGUAAAGCAUAGAUUCGAUGAACAGAUAUAUGCCGUAAAAAGGAUUGAGUUUAAAAAAUCUACCGAUGAAUAUAUGAAAGGAAUUUUGAUGGAAGUGAAGAAUUUAAGAAAACUUAAUCCGGAUUUUGUGGUCCAAUAUAUCACUUCAUGGCCUGAAAGCAAACACCUCUACAUUCAGAUGGAGUUCUGUUCACAGAAUUUGCGGAAUAUUCUCGAUAUUAAACCAAAAGUAUUUGACAGAGAAUUUGGAGAAGCGAUGAGUUCUUAUGAGUACUUCAUUUCAUGUGAAAUAUUCCGUCAGAUCUUAGAAAGUGUUCAGUAUUUGCAUGAAUUGAAUCCACAGAUUAUUCACAGAGACCUCAAACCCGACAAUAUAUUGAUUGACGGGAACGGAAGGAACGGUAGAUUUGUCAAGUUAUGUGACUUUGGUUUGGCUACAGAUCACGACAAAAAUAUUAAUUAUAAAACCUACAAAAAGCACACCUCAGGGGUGGGAACCAUGAGAUAUAUGGCACCAGAAGUACUUCAGGGUUACAAAUAUGACCACAAAUCGGAUGUCUAUUGUCUCGCUAUCAUUGGUUCAGAAUCCUAUUCACAAAGUGAUGACAUACUGAACGCACCGGUAGUUAAAUUGAAGCGAAUUCUGGUGUCAAUGGCUUCGACCCCAGCGUUCAGUCAACGGCCCGACUGUUCACAAGUACUGCAAGAAUACAGCGAA